GUUGUCUCCUACACAUCCUCUAAAUUGCCUUUACGAACCGCUACCAUACGCUAUUGAAAUUGAGAUUUUCUCCAUGAUGUCCCCCUUCAAAGCAAUUUCACCGCAGUCCAAAAGCCUACGAAGAUCUGCUGCUACGCCAUUCCCUUAUCCACCUAUUCCAACUGACUGUAUCGACCCACAUAAUGACGCCCCCCCUGGGCAGAGAGCAACUCUACGUUCAAUGAUCGAAAUCCCGCGUAUAGCACUUUUCGAUACCCCGUGCCUGGAAAAUGCUGACAUCUGGAUUUUAAUAGGCACUAAAAUACAGCAAUGGGGGCAAAAGGAUGCCGCUGCUGCUCGAGCUAGUCUCGAGCCAACCGUUACUGACGAGAACGAGCAGUUUAUCCGCACUUACCAUCCCGCUCUCAGUAAGAUUGAGUGUGUAUGGGUCGUUCACGAGACUCCAGAAAAGUCGAUCUGGGUAGUCAGACCGUGCCACGAAGGAAUCAUAAUCUCUACCCAUGCAGGGGGUCGAGAGAUUCAUUUUCUUCCAACUGGACUCGCAGACUGGACCACAACAUGCUGGCCUAAACCCCGAUUCGAUCCCAUAUUUGCGACCCUGAAUCCCCGACGGUUUCUGACAGAAGGAGACCUGUGUAAGUUGCGGGACAUGUUCCCAUCUGCGGUUGGAGCAAGAGUCUUUAUCAGUGGUUUUAUCAUCGUUCUGUUCCAAAAUCGCUCGGACAUUGAAAACUCAUGGGACCUUGAUGGUUAUGCAACUCAGUUUGGCAACCUCAGACUUGGUUAUGAUGUGUUAGAAACCCAACCAACUCAAAAAGUACUUUCCCGAAGCUCAGCAAUUGUUGCCGCCCCAGACACAUUCGACGGAGCUGCGUCAAUUGGCUUGAAGAUUCGCUUUUCUGAUGGGAAAGAAGCCAUUACAGUUCCAACCCAUGCCUUUGUUGCAGUCCGCACGCAUGCCACGACGUUAGCCAAUCGCGUCGUAGAUUUAUAUCUACGAGUGAAGAAGGACUUGGCCAGAUUUAUACCUAUUAAAAAAGGAUUCACUCUCCCAAAGCUGUUCACAUCACGUGAACAUGCGUGGAGCAAUUCGCCUCUCGGGAAAAAGGUGUUUCUAGCGGGUGAAUCCCAAGAGAUCGGAACGUUAACGUACACCUACGACUCGAUAGAAUCGACACCCAGCUUCAUGCCAUUUCCAUGUGGCUUCCAGCACGACCUAUCUUUAGUCACGGCUGAUCCUUGUCAAAGCCUUAUGCGGGUUGAAUCACCAAUGGGCACACCACAAGUCGUUGGCUGGGGCAAUUACAAGGACGCACUUGAUGGCGAUCCCCUCUUUAUCACCGGGACUCACGCGACUACAGGUAGACUGAUGGAUAGAAAAGGACAGGGAGUCUCAAGAGCAGCACAGAAGGCACUUGCUGAAGGGGCUCAAUACACAUGGGAUAAGGAACUUUUGUCUCAAAAUGUCUCGAUCCUAUGGAGGACCGAGCAGGAUGAAGAUGCCCUGAAUGGAUUCUCAGGGAAUGCGCUUUGUCUAGGGGAAAUUUCAGACAGAACAUGUCUUGCUAUAUGCUUCCAAAACUUUGACACCCCUCUAUAUUCUAGGGAAUUUCUUGCAAAAGACCAUCGCCCACCCCCCUCAAAAGAAAUCAAUUUUCCUCGCAUACACGGGGGUUUUAUCCUGCCAGCCGAAGUUCGAAAUGCUGAAAUUCUAUGCGAUGCUGCUGAUAUUCCCUUGCCUAGUACUUUCCCCUGCCGGCAAAGAUCUACGAAGAACUUGAGAAGAUCCUUUUUUUCUCAUCUACCAUAGCUAAUAGAGCACCGCAGUAGGGACGGGCUCAAUUUGCUCGAAGGAGAAAUGCAAGCUAAGCGACAAGUGCUCAUAGAUUUUCAUGUUAGUAAUAAAGGGCUCGUUGAUAGUAUUUUAUCAGAGCUGUGGCUUUUUAUGUCGGCUAGACAUUCUUAGUUGAUGUUUUUUAGGAUCACUACUAGGUCGUCUUUUAAAAAAAAUAUUUUUUAUACGAGCUAAAUUCCAGGGAUGAGAUCAUGAAAUUUCCAGUAUCCCCAUGCUUUCAACUCG